UUUCCUUUUAACAUUUGUCCGAUAGUUGGGGAAAGGUCGUUACUCCAACCAUCGCCUGAAGCUUAAAUUCAGUUAAACAAUCGGAUGCUUUCCGCCCAAGAACUGCGAAAUUUUCCAAUAUCCAAUUUGGAAAGCAGAGAAUCAAUCCAACUUCAGCAGCUCAAUUUUUCACCUCCAUUGCCCCCACAUUCUUCUACUUUCUGGAUCGGACCUCUCUCCGGGAGAGGAUCUUUCUGUUCUUUUUUGUUCUGAUUUUAGUGUUUUGUCAUCUUGUACGAGAUAGCAGGUUAAAAGGUUUUCAGAGCAUCGUUUAAUCGUGAGUUGGAUUGGAUACAAAUAAUGAUGGAGAAGGCAGAUUCUGCACAAAAGUUGUAUACACGCAUGCGAUUAUGGGAAUUUCCUGAUCAGUAUGUUAUAGAGCCGACUGAUGGCUCUUGUGGUUCGUCUCUGUCAGUCAGCCGUGUUGAUGGAUCCAUGAAACUUAUAGAUGAGCUUCCUCAAUCCAGCUCUAUCAGGGUUCCAAAGAUACGGACAAUUUUUGGAGUAAUUGGCUUGCUGAAACUACUUGCAGGAUGCUACUUAAUUGUCAUUACCGACUGUGACUGUGUUGGGUCUUAUUUGGGGCACCCCCUCUUUAGAAUUUCAUCCUUGAAAGUUUUUCCAUGUGAUCGUUCAGUAGACAGUUCUUCUGUGGAGCAGCAGAAAAAGAUGGAGGCAGAGUUUUCUGGACUCUUGAAUGUUGCAGAGAAGACUUCUGGUCUCUUUUUUUCGUAUGAUACCAAUUUAACACUGAGUACACAAAGAUUGCAUGCUUUAGGUGACGAAUCAAGGUUACUACCCUUAUGGAGACAGGCAGAACCAAGAUUUCUUUGGAACAAUUACUUGUUGGAAGUGCUCAUUGAUAACAAGCUUGAUCCAUACUUGCUUCCUGUUAUCCAAGGCAGCUUCCAGAACUUCCAGGCGGCAAUUGGAAAAGAUAUUGUUGAUGUAACACUGAUUGCUCGGAGAUGCACAAGGAGAACAGGCACUCGAUUGUGGAGAAGAGGAGCCGAUUCUGAUGGAUAUGUUGCUAAUUUUGUGGAAAGUGAGCAAAUUAUUCAAUUGAAUGGGUUCACAGCAUCGUUUGUUCAGAUUCGGGGAUCAAUUCCAUUACUUUGGGAACAAAUUGUUGAUUUGACAUACAAGCCCAAAUUUGAGUUAGUGAAACUUGAAGAAUCUCCUCGAGUAGCUGACAGGCAUUUUCUCGAUUUAAGGAAGAAGUAUGGGGCUGUAUUGGUUAUUGAUCUUGUCAACACGCAUGGAGGUGAGGGGUACUUGAGUGAAAAAUUCGCAAAUGCAAUGGAACAAGUUACUGGUGAUGAUGUAAGAUACCUGCAUUUUGACUUCCAUCAAAUCUGCGGGCACGUUCAUUUUGAGCGCCUCUCGAUCCUUUAUGAACAAAUCUCAGAUUUCCUUGAUAAAAAUGGGUACAUGUUAGUCAAUGAAAAGGGUGAGAAAAUGAAGGAACAGCUGGGAGUUGUGAGGACCAAUUGUAUCGAUUGCUUGGACCGCACAAAUGUUACCCAGAGUAUGAUAGCUCGAAAGAUCUUGGAAUCUCAACUCAGGAGGCUUGGAAUUUUUGGGGCUGAAGAAACUAUUAGCUCACAUCCGAACCUAGAUGACAGCUUUAAAAUCAUUUGGGCUAAUCAUGGAGAUGAUAUAAGCACACAAUAUUCUGGCACUCCCGCUUUGAAAGGAGAUUUCGUUAGAUAUGGCCAACGGACGAUUCAGGGGGUCUUGAAGGAUGGUUGGAAUGCUCUCCUGCGCUAUUAUUUGAAUAACUUUGUUGAUGGAACAAAACAGGAUUCUAUCGAUCUCUUGCAAGGACACUAUAUCGUUUCAGUUAGUCGGGAUAUGACACCCACAACUCAAAAGGGAGGCUUAGAAGCUAUAGCUUCCUUCCCACUGGCUUUAUCUCUGGUGAUGGCAGGAUUCUUUUUUGCAGCCUUGUCAUUGAGGCAAGCUCGCUAUGAUAUUCGACACUUGUUCUUUUCUAUCCUGUGGGCAGGCCUGAGCAUAGCUAUAGCAGGUUUUGUUCGGGCCAAUGGUCGAAUUUUCUGCAAUCGACCUCGUCUGCACAAACCUAGAUCAUGAUUUUGGUUCCAGAGAUUGGCAAAUUCAUCUAACUAUUCAUUGAAAUUCAUUUGUUCUUUCGAAUAUUUCCAGUCAUUUAUGUAGUUUUCUCUUGGUUCCAUCUGAGGAGCCAAGUUACUCGUUAGUACUGAUAUCCCAGAAUGAUAUCACAGUUCCCUUUUCAGUUGUUUAUGUUAUGUAUUGUCGUGUCAUAUCCAAUAUGACUCCGAACAAUAUAAAUUUUAGAGAUAUAUCAUUGUAGCAAUUAUUCAAACCCAUUAUGGAUUGAAAAUAUAA